AUGGGUUGUUCUUCCAAGCUGGACACUAUGGAGCAGACGACGGUGCAUGGCGACCCAAAACUUCUUCCUCAAGCUAUCAUCACAAACAUUCUCAAACGACUUCCGGUGAAAUCCCUAAUGCGAUUUCAAUGUGUGUGUAAACAAUGGAAAAAUCUUAUCAAAACACCAUCUUUCAUCACUGAACACCUCCACCACUCCACUCAUCACAAUCCUUCCCUUCUUUUCCAACGGAGUGGCAGUGGCAAGGGUAUUCCUUUAGACUUACGCUUGCUCGACUGCGGGAAGCAACUCCACGAAGUUCAGGACGUUCCUUUCGAUUCCUCGGUUCGUGUUAGGAUCGUCGGUUCCAGUAAUGGCGUGCUCUGUGUCGAAUGUUCUGGUGAUCGAGUUCCUUCGCUUUUCUUGUGGAAUCCAGCGAUUAGAAGUAUCAGACAGGUGCACAGCGAUAUUUAUGAUUUUGAGGGUAGAAUCUAUGUAGGAUAUGGAUUCAGUCCAAUCGUCAAUGACUACAAGAUAUUGAGAGCUUAUGUUCCUGAAGAUGAGGAUGAGGUUAAUCGAGUGGAAGUCUAUUCUUUGAGCACACAGAGAUGGAAGGAAAUAAAAUUUGAGAACUUAAAGGGUGUAAAUCUUAAUUCUGAUGCUGUCACUGCUAAUGGAGCUAUGUUUUGGUAUGAUAUGGAGGAGGAUUUGGUCGUUUCAUUUGACAUAGCAAUAGAAGCCUUUACAUUGAUACCAAUGCCUCCUUUAGACGAAAGUCGUAAGUAUUCAGGGCAUAAUAAGCUUACUGUAUAUGAAAACAAACUUGCUGUGGUUUCUCACUUUCUAGAGGGUGUAUCUUUUACAACUGAUUCUUACUAUAUUGAUUUGUGGGUGGUGGAGGAAGGUAUCGGUGUACCUAAAGAGAGAUGGAGUUGGACUAAGAAGUAUUCUCUAAUCACCUUUACAGACUCGGAGCAUCCAUCAGGUAUUUGGAGGAUAGAUCCGUUAUGCAUUUGGAGGGAUGAACUUGUCUGCAAUGGUAAUGAAAUGUCUGGAAUUGUAAGUAAAACUGAAUGUGAAGAGAACAUUGAAGUGAAUGAAAUGUUUGGAACCGUUGGGGAAACUGAAUGGGAAGAGAACAUUAAUGAAACGUUUGGAAUCUUUGAUGAAACUGAAUCUGAAGAGAACACUGAAGUGUUAACUGUUCUGUGUCUGUCAAAUCUUAGAACUAACGAAUUGAGGAAGAUAGCUACUGGCAGAUGUAGCAAUGAAUUUUCAGUUGUUUUCAAUCAUGCAGAAAGCCUUGUACUGAUUGACAGCAUCCGUAUUCAAGAGGUGAACACUAGGGGACAGAAGAUUGUUGAUGGGACCACACAAUAUCUUCCUGAAGAAAUCAUCAGAAACAUUCUCAAACGACUUCCAGUAAAAUCCCUAAUGCGAUUUCAAUGUGUAUGCAAACAAUGGAAAAAUUUCAUCAAGGCCCCGUCUUUCAUUGCUGACCACCUCUGCCACUCAACUCAUCACAACCCCUCUCUUCUUUUCCAACGGAGUGGCAGUGACAAGGGUCUUCCUUUCGACUUAUGCUUGCUCGACUGCGAGAAGCAACUCCAUGAAGUUCAGAACAUUCCUUUUGGGUCCUCGGUUCAUGCUGAGAUCGUUGGUUCCAGCAAUGGCUUGCUUUGUGUCAGAUGUUCUAAUGAUGGAGUUCAUUCGCUUUUCUUGUGGAAUCCAGCAACUAGAAAGAUCAGACAGGUGCACAGCACUGUUUAUGAUUUUGAGGGUAGAAUCUAUGUAGGAUAUGGGUUCAGUCCAAUUGUUAAUGACUACAAGAUAUUGAGAGCUUAUGUUCCUGAAGAUGAGGAUGAGGUUAAUCGAGUGGAAGUCUAUUCUUUGAGCACACAGAGAUGGAAGGAAAUAAAAUUUGAGAACUUAAAGGGUGUAAAUCUUAAUUCUGAUACUGUCACUGCUAAUGGAGCUAUGUUUUGGUAUGAUAUGGAGGAGGAUUUGGUCGUUUCAUUUGACAUAGCAAUGGAAGCCUUUACAUUGAUACCAAUGCCUCCUUUAGACAAAAGUCAUAAGUAUUCAGGCUAUAAGCUUACUGUAUAUGAAAACAAACUUGCUGUGAUUUCUCACUUUCUAGAGGGUGUAUCUUUUACAACUGAUUCUUACUAUAUUGAUUUGUGGGUGGUGGAGGAAGGUAUCGGUGUACCUAAAGAGAGAUGGAGUUGGACUAAGAAGUAUUCUCUAAUCACCUUUACAGACUCGGAGCAUCCAUCAGGUAUUUGGAGGAUAGAUCCGUUAUGUAUUUGGAGGGAUGAACUUGUCUGCAAUGGUAAUGAAAUGUCUGGAAUUAGAACACUGAAGUGUUAA